GUCUUCUCCCCGGUCAGGUCAGGGCAAGGUCCUCAAAAGGGCAGCCGCCGCGGCUGCUCCCUCCUGAUUCCUGACCCACACUGCUGCAAAUCCCAAUAAAGCCUGUGCAGAAAGGAAGCGGGCGGGCGGGCAAAAGCGGCCUCGCCUUCCCUCUCCCUCCCCCUUCUCCCACAACCCGCCGGUCCUCGCCUGGUGCCCAGCUCUGUCACCUUUGACUCCCCCCAUUCCGGUCUCCUCCCCUCCCAUCACCGGCUACGCACACUGCACGUUUCAGUUCAGACAGUCCAAGAACACCUCCAAGAAAGGCUCUUCAUUCUCCCCUCUCGCCGUUGCUCUCGUCUCAUCUCGCGGCGUCCAGAAGCGGCUCCGGUCGAUCACCGGACCAAGGGAGGGAGGCGGCACGAUGGGGUCGCUGCCUCUGCUCUUGCUGCUGCUGCUGCUGCUGCUAGUCCUCUCCGGCGCCGGCUUCGGCGGCGGCGUACGGCUCGGCGGCGGUGGCUACGAGGACUGGAGGCUCGGCACCGCCACCUACGUCAAGGAGUUCCAGCCGCACCCGCUCAACGACGGUGGCGGCGCCUGCGGGUACGGCGACCUGGACAUCUUCAGGUACGGGCGCUACACGGCGGGGCUGAGCGCGGCGCUGUUCGGGCGCGGCGGCGGCUGCGGCGGCUGCUACGAGCUCCGGUGCGUGAACCACAUCCAGUGGUGCCUCCGGGGCAGCCCCACGGUGGUGGUGACGGCGACGGACUUCUGCCCCGCCAACAUGGGCGUCGCCGACGAGGCCGGCGGCUGGUGCAACUUCCCCCGGGAGCACCUCGAGCUGUCGGAGGCCGCAUUCCUCCGCGUCGCCAAGGCCAAGGCAGACAUCGUGCCGGUGCAGUUCCGGAGGGUGAGCUGCGACAGGGCGGGCGGCAUGCGGUUCACGCUCACCGGCAGCGCGCACUUCCUGCAGGUGCUGAUCACCAACGUGGCGGCCGACGGCGAGGUGGCCGCCGUGAAGGUGAAGGGGUCGAGGACCGGGUGGAUCCCGAUGGGGCGGAACUGGGGCCAGAACUGGCAGUGCGACGCCGACCUCCGCGGCCAGCCGCUGUCGUUCGAGGUCACCGGCGGGAGGGGCCGGACAGUCACCGCCUACAGCGUCGCGCCGGCGGACUGGAUGUUCGCGCAGACGUUCGAGGGCAAGCAGUUCGCCGAGUAGACGCUGCCGUAAAACCUAGCGUCCGGCGGCGAUUGUAAGUAGAGAAUUAUACGGUUGGGUUCUUGAUGGUGUUUCAUGUUUCGAGUUGUGACCCAAGAACAUGAAAUGUAUUUUUGAGCAACAACAUGAAAUGUAUUGGAUGGCCAAAGAAUUCCUAUGCCACUAUAAAAUCUUUUGAAGAAUUGUUUUCAAGAAAA